AUGCUUCAUAGCGAAGACGGCCCCGCGGCCGCCUCCAGCGACGACUCGAGCUCGUCGAGCGACGACGACGACAAUGUCGCCUCGUCAGAGGAAGAGCAGGAGCUGCAGGGGGGUGGUGGGGAGAGCGAGGAGGGAGAGAGUGAGAGGGGAGAGAGUGAGAGGGGUGAGAGUGAGAGGGGUGAGAGUGAGAGUGACUCAGAGGAGGAGUCAGAGGAGGAGGAGGGGGGGGGAGGAGCAGGUGGGGUGUCUUCUCAGUUGGAGGAGCUUGUUUCUGAGGAGGAGAGGGAGAGAGAGGAGGAGAAGCGGAGGAAGAAGAGGAGGAAGAAGGGGCGGAAGAGUGGGAGCAGCGACAGCGAUAGCAGCACAAGUGACGAGAGCAGUGAGGAGGGGGAGGAGGGAGAAGAGGAUGGGGAGGAGGAUGAGGAAGAGGAGGGAGAGGAGGGUGAGGAAGAAGGAGAGGAGGGGGAAGCGGGGGGGAACAAAGCGGGGAAGCGGAAGAGAAAAGGCAAGGGGACUGGAGAGGCAUUCAAAGACAUGGAUUUUGGGGAGGGGGGAGAGAUGGUUGUGAGAGUGGAGGGGCAGGGAGGUGGGGGGGGAGGGGGCGUGCUGCGGUGCAGAGUGUGCCCUCGAGUGCUCUGUGUCAACAGUGACAACAUGAAGAAACACCUGGCGUCCAAGAGACACAUGGCAGCAGUCGGGAGGCAUGGGAGGGGCAAGCUGCAGGUGGUGGUGAACAGUGAUGGGCCAGUGGCAAGUGCCAGGUCUGCUUACAUCCCAGUGUUGACUCCUUCCUUCCUCUCUCCUUCCUCCGUUCCCCAACAGAAACACGUGGCAGCAGUGGGGAAGAAUGAGCGUGGCGAGCUGCAGGUCGUGGUGAACAGCGAUGGGGCGGGUGGAGUGUCAAGAAAACAUGUGGCAGCGGUGGGAAGGCAUGAGAGGGGCGAGCUACAGGUGGUGGUGAACAGCGAUGGGGAGGUGGAGGCCAUCGGGGAAACCCACGCUGAACGAAAGGUCAAGAAGGGUGGAGCUGCAAAGGCGAGUGGUGGUAAUGGAACCGUGAGCGGUGCUGCUGCCAGUGCUGCACGAUCAUGUGAAGGGGGUGCUGCUGAUGGUAGUGGUGGUGGUGGUGGUGGUGGUGGUGAGAAGCAUAAAAAAGGAAGAAGUUGA